UCGUGGUGACCAAACCUGAAUGCAGUAUUCCAAGUGUGGCCUUACCAAGGCAUUAGACAUGUGGUCAUUUGUUCGGCUCACCGUGACAACUCUGGUCUUUCUGAAAGUGUCCUGCAACCCCGUGGAUCUGGCCUUGGAAGGGGCAUGGAAGGGAUGGAAGGAAACACACGCCAAGAGCUACUUGGAGGAGGAAGAAUCUUUCCGUCGGACGAUUUGGGAGAGGAACCUGUGGAGAAUUGAACAACACAAUUUGGAAGCCGCUCAGGGCAAACACAGCUUCCAAGUGGCCAUGAACCACUUGGGUGAUCUGACAGAUGAGGAGUUUAACCAGAUGUUGAAUCGUUUCCAGCCCGAUCAAACCAAAGAGCAUGAAGAAGGUGCCACUUACUUCCAAGAAUCAGCCACGAAGGAGAUACCCAAGCAGGUGGACUGGCGUACGAAGGGCUUCGUCACUCCUAUAAAAAAUCAGGGACACUGUGGCUCCUGCUGGGCCUUCAGUGCCACGGGGGCUCUGGAGGGUCUGCUCUUCAAGAAGACCGGCAAGCUGGUCCCCCUGAGCGAGCAGAACCUCAUGGACUGCUCCUGGAAGCUGGGCAACAAGGGCUGUCAUGGAGGCUACGUCAGCCACGCCUUUGAGUACGUUCGGGACAACCGAGGCAUCAAUUCGGAGCAGGAUUAUCCUUACCCGGAGAAGGACGAGUUCGAAUGUCACUACAACCCAACAACUCGGGUGGGCAACUGCACGUCCUUAGUGCGGAUUCAGUCACAGAAUGAGGCAGCCCUGGAGCAAGCUGUGGCCACGAUGGGGCCAGUAUCCUUGGGUGUGGACGCGAAGAAUUUCGGAUUCCAUUUCUAUAAGUCGGGUAUCUUUGCAAGCAGCGAGUGCACCCACAAGGUCACUCACGCCAUGCUGGCUGUGGGCUACGGCACUGAGCAGGAGGGUGAGAAGACCACCGAUUACUGGAUCCUAAAGAACAGCUGGUCUGAGAAUUGGGGCGAGCAGGGCUACAUGCGAUUGGUGAAAGGAGUGGAUAACCAUUGUGGGGUAGCCAAUCAAGCUUGUUAUCCAACUAUGUAACUGAUCCAGCAUCGUUUCAUCCCAAAUCUUCUCCGCCUCGGAGUUUCGACCUUUCCAACUGAGCUGUCCCUUGCUGGCGUCGUUGCCCCAGAUUGGGUUAAAAGUUUAAAUCAGGGGUCUUCAAACUUGGCCCUUUGAUGACUUGUGGACUUCAACUCCCAGAAUUCCUCAGCGAGGCAUGCCUGGCUGAGGAAUUCUGGGAGCUGAAGUCCACAAGUCAUCAAAGGGCCAAGUUUGAAGACUCCUACUUUAAAUCCAAUGUAUUUCUUCCUGGUUUCUGAUCCUAGUUUUCCCACGGUGUGAAGAGUGCUCUGCUGUUGUUAGCAGCUUCCUGAAUCUAAUCAUGAGUGGUCUGCAGUACGCAAGUUUCAAUAAAGGUUCUAUUGUGCUUG